AUGGAAAUGAUUGCCGUUUCGGCCCAGGCCACUAGGUGCUUGCCAAAUGCCUCUGAAAUUGAGGUGGAAACAGGUCCCAACUUUGGUGGCAAAAUUGUAGUGGAUGGCGGCAAUUGCGGCGUCAAGGGCAACCCAAAUGAUGUCAAGGAUAAAUAUGUCAUGCGCAUCGAUCACAAGGCCUGUGGCAGCAUGGUCAAGCCGGAAACAAAUACCGUGGAAACGUUCAUAACUGUCCAGGAGAAUUUGGGAAUUUUCACACACAGCACCAGGAGAUUCGUUGUGGUCUGCAGCUAUCAAUCCGGCAUGCAAACAGUGCGUGCCAGUUUCUCGGUACCUGGCAGAGGUGGCGCCGUGGCCGCUGCCCAUGAAUCCAUUGAGGAGGAGGAACGUAUGGGUCGUGGCCUUAAACCUUUUCGCUUUGUCGACAAAUCCGAAUUAAUUCUCAAAGAGAAUGACGUGGAUACAGAAGAAGCGGCAACACAGUCAUCCGAAGAAACUGAGGCUUUGGUUCAAGAAAUGGACAAUCCCACAGGGGCCAGUGGCUUGAAUCAAACUGAGGUAACGGUGGCCACAACAAAUCAUGAAGCGGAGGUUGCCGGCAAAAAUCAUCAUCAAGAAGAUGAAGCAAACGAAGAAGAGGAUGCCACAAAUGCUGUGGCAAUAUUGGAAAAUAUCAUACCUGGUGUUAAUGAAGAUCACAUAAGAGGCAAUGAGCCACAGCAGCAACAACAACAAGAAACAUCAAGUGUACAGGCUGGGGAAGAUGAUGUGGAGAUCAGUGGCGGGGAGAAGUUAUCGGAGGAAAACGACGAUGCCAACAAAGAAAAUAUUGAAAAUGAACAUUUUUCCGCAAAUUUUGCUAAAUUAAUAUUGGAGCGCAAUGACCGUGACCAUGAGGUGGCCGAGGGCAGAAGCUAUGAUGGAGCUGCGUCCAAGCUGAGUGAUACGCCCACAGGAAGAGCCUUUGGUUCCAUGUUGGAACUGAUCUCCAGCAACAUGGGUAGCGUUUUGCUAACUGUUAUGGUAUCUGUGAUAUUGAUUGGCGUUUGCGUGUACAUUCUCUAUCGUGAGACCAGUAAGCCGGCCGCCCAUAUGUCGGCACCCACAAUAACGCCGCCAGCAUCGGCAAUCUUGCAGCGGCAUCAACAUUUGAAGGAACUGCAUCACCAUCAUCGUCACCAGCACCAGCAGCAGAAACACACACUGCCGCGUACAUUAACAAGUAAACAGGAGGAUCUAAUGGCCUAGAAUGGAGGAGAAGCAAAUUAAGGGAAGCCUUUCACACCAUCUCCCGCCACGAAUAAAAAAGAAA